UUCGCCUUUCCGCUCCUGCGUGCAGCAGCAAACAUGGCGGACGGCUAACACAUCCGUUGUUUUAAAACAAGUCCUGGACGGGGAUUUUUUCUUUAGGACUAAAACCAGUAACCUGUCCGUUGCUGUGUGUACCCAGAGGGGUGUGUAAGCUUCGCCGCGGCCUGUAUUUAUUUGCCAAGGAAAAGGGUCAAGAAAACAAACUGCAAGAAUGGGGCGACGUUCUACCUCCUCCACCAAGAGUGGGAAGUUUAUGAAUCCCACCGACCAGGCUAGAAAGGAGGCCAGGAAAAGGGAGUUGAAAAAGAACAAGAAGCAGAGGAUGAUGGUGAGAGCAGCUGUGCUGAAGAUGAAAGAUCCCAGGCAAAUCAUCAGAGACAUGGAAAAGCUGGAUGAGAUGGAGUUCAACCCAGUCCAACAGCCCUUAUUGAAUGAAAAAGUACUAAGGGACAAGCGAAAGAAGUUACGUGAGACAUUUGAACGCAUCGUCCAUCUGUAUGAGAGGGAGAAUCCUGAAACCUACAAGGAGCUCCGCAAACUGGAACUCGAAUAUGAGACCAAACGAGGGCAGCUGGCUCUUUAUUUUGACUCGGUCAAGAAUGCAGAGUCAGUGGAAGUGGACAGCAUCCCCUUACCCGACAUGCCUCACGCCCCAUCCAACAUCCACAUCCAGGACAUCCCAUUACCAAGGGCUCAGCCUCCCUCUAUACUGAAAAAGAUCUCCUCCUUUGGCAAACCAUCCUCUGGAACAGGACUGCCAACAGUUCCCAGUGUCCCGCGUUUACCUCCUGGGAAGAAACCUCCAGGACCCCCUCCAGGCCCACCACCUCCACAGGUGCUGGCGCUGUAUGGCAUUCCAUCUCGACGAACGUACGGCACAGAUUCAGACCCUUCCGUUCCUGGGUUAGAGAGGGACUCUGCCAUGGAUUUGGGACGAGAUCGCGACAGCGGGAGUGAGAGUGACAGAGAUCGGGAUGAUGCGGAUGACGACAGCGACUCUGAGGAGGACAGCGACGAAGACGCAGAUGAAGGAGCAAAUGGAGAUAGAGCACGUGCGAAUCGGCAGGGUGAUGACAGGGAAAGGGACGAAGACAGGAGCGAAAGACACACUGGUCGCAGUGUUCGCUUUGCAGAUAUAACAGCAGAUGAGUCCCAGGAUGGAAAAAGAAAGAAAAAGAGAGUAGUGAAGAAGACGAAGGCCAUUACUCCACUGCAGGCCAUGAUGUUAAGGAUGGCAGGUCAGUCAAUUCCUGAGGAGGAAGAAGAAGAGGAGGUAGAAGAAGAAUACACAGAUGAGUCAGACGCCUCUGACACUGAGGAUAGAGGGCCACAAGGGGACUCUCAGACCCAUGUUAUGGCCAAUCAGCAUCUGCCCCCUCCUCCUGGGGCAGUUGGACAGCAAGUACCUCCGCCCAUGCAAGGCCCACCAAUGACUGGACCUCCUCCACUAGGUCCUCCACCAGCUCCUCCAAUGCGACCCCCCGGUCCUCCUUCUGGCCCACCACCUGCACCCCCUCCAGGUGCCCCUCCAUUUUUGAGGCCUCCUGGUAUGCCUGGAGGAAUUCGGGGUCCAAUGCCUCGUCUCCUGCCCCCUGGUCCUCCACCUGGCCGACCACCAGGCCCUCCUCCGGGCCCCCCUCCCAGUCUUCCUCCAGGCCCUCCACCACGUGGACCACCUCCCAGACUACCACCCCCAGCACCACCCGGUAUCCCACCUCCUCCCCCAAGAGCAGGAGGCCCCCCACGUCCUCUUGCGCCCCCACUCACCAUGUUUCCUCCACCUCUCAAUUCCAAUGUGCUCAGUGCACCUCCCAACAUUGUUCCAAGGAAAGGCCCAGGUUCCGGCCAGGAAGGUUCACAGAGCAACAUGCCACCCCCCGCCAUGCCCAUGCGACCUGGAAUCAUGCAGAUGCCCCCUCCCCCAGGUACAGCUGGCGCCCCUGGCAGCCAUCAUCACGCGGCCACCAUUGAAAAAAGAGCCAACAUCACUUCCGUGGCGGGUGCAGGAGGCAGCCUGGCGGCAGGUGCUGGCGCAGGAGGGGCCACCAUCUCAGCCAAACCUCAAAUUAUCAACCCUAAGGCGGAGGUCACCCGCUUUGUGCCAACGGCACUGCGGGUGCGUAGGGACAAGGGUGGACCAAUGCCAGGGGCAGCGACCGGGCCCCUCGAGAAAGUGGGGGAAAGUGCUACAGGACGGAGGGGAGACGAAGGGUUGGGAGGAGGACACUGGCAGAAACAGCAAGCGGCUGCUCCAAUGGGGUUGGUCCACCCAUCCCAAGUGGGUUCUGUUCCUCAGCCUACCAUGAAAACUAAAGACCAAGUUUAUGAAGCUUUUAUGAGAGAGAUGGAGGGACUGCUGUAAGACUAAGGAGGGUCUUUAACUACAGAAGUGUUUUUCUUGAUUGCUGUGCAGAGUUGUAGAAGUAGCUGUAUUUAGAGCCUUCAGCAAUAUCAUUUUCUCUCUGUCUGAGCUGUAACCAUAACAUUAAUAAUUUGAUCCUAAAUUUAUAUUAAAAAUAACAUUUCAAUUAUUGGUUAUCUCAAGGCAACUGAACACUAUGUGUUUUUAUUUUUUAAAUCUAAAGACUUGUUUCCUUCCAACAAGUUAUUUGACCUCAGUGAAGCAACUUUGUGUAAUUGAUUUUUAUUUUUGCUUUAAUUAUUGAUCAUCUAAAUGGAUCGGUUUUCAGAAUGUCAGAAGCAAAGUGUGAAACAGUUGUCCUGCAGCCAAAUAAAAAUCGGUUCCAACA